AAAAAAGUAAAGUUAAAAAAUUCCCCUCACGAUAUAUAUAUAUAGAAGUGGCGUGUGUAACAGAGUUCGAUGUGAAUUGCAGAUAUCUUCUUUCUUUCUAUAAUAGAAAAAAUCCUAAAUUACCAAAAUUUUAGCUCAAGAAACUUCUAUUUACAAAAAAUAACAAAAAUGGAUUGGGUAAGAGGUGAAGCAAUAGGCCAUGGAAGCUUCGGCAAAGUUAGUUUUGCAGUACCCAGAAAACAGAGCAGUCAAGUUAUGGUGGUCAAAUCUUCUCUAGCUUCUCAGUCAGCUACUCUGAUGAAUGAGAAGCUAAUUUUGGAAGAGAUUAAGGGUUGCCCACAAAUCAUCAAUUGCCUUGGUGACAGCUAUACCUUUGAAAAUGGCGCAAAACUGUACAAUGUCUUAUUGGAGUAUGCCCCUGGAGGUGCUCUGUCGGAAAAGCUCAAGAAUUCCGGUGAUCGUAAGUUGCCGGAGAUUGAAAUCAGGAAAUACACCAAGGCCUUAUUGAAAGGGCUACACUAUAUCCACAAGUGUGGCUAUGUUCAUUGCGAUAUUAAACCGCAGAACAUUCUUUUUGGCGAAAAUGGUCAAGUCAAAAUUGCUGAUUUUGGGUUGGCAAAGAGAGUUGAAUCAAUAAUAGACGAUAAAUUGCGUUGUGAACUGAGGGGUACCCCACUUUACAUGUCGCCGGAAAUGGUCACCGCCGGUGAACAGGACACUCCUGCCGAUAUCUGGGCACUUGGGUGUGUAAUUUCUGAGAUGGCUGCCGGAGUUCCAGUCUGGGGAUACUCAGAUUUAGCCCAACUAUUGAUGAAUAUUGGAGUUGGUAAUGAGUUGCCUGAAUUUCCGACGAUGUUAUCGGAAGACGGUAAAGAUUUUCUUGAAAAAUGCUUGGUGAAGGACUCGAAAAAGAGAUGGACGGCUGAGAUGCUUCUAUUACACCCGUUUGUUGCUGAUGAAGAUGACACUGUUUUAUUGAAUGACGAAAGAUGCAACAGUGGCAGCCCUUCAACAUCUCCUAGGUGCCCAUUUGAUUUCCCAGAUUGGGUAUCUGAUGACUCUUCUGAAUCAUCAGUAACAUGUCCAAUUACAUCUUUGCCCUCGCCGGCAAUUCAAGAACUGCGGAAUUUGAACGGCGGGUCAUGGUCCACAACGCCGGCUGAAAGGCUGCGGGCACUGUUAAGUGGUGAAAUCAGACCUGAAUCUGACUGGUCGGCUGCUGAUGGUUGGGUCAGCGUUAGAUGAUGUCAAAUGUUUUCGCUGAUUAGUCAGAUUUUCACAGAGUUGUGCAGAAUAUUUUUUUUUCAAUUAGCAGCUCUGUCGAAAUUAAACUUUAGAGAAUAGCUAAUUCGGCCAAUAUUUUUUCCUUUUGUACAUAAAUGACAGUUCAUUGUAUAUAAACAGAAAUGAUAUUUUACUUGAAACAAGAGUAAUUGGGGAUCACUGAUA